UUAUCAGACGUGCGGUGCGACUUAAAUACAUGUGUGCAUCGGGGAUCCCCAAUUAGAACCCUAAUUCCCCUUCUAAAGUCCACCGAAGCGGUUUCUUUCCUCCCAAACGAGCAUUAUCAAACUCACGCGAGACAAAGCGCGUGCCAAACACUACUCUCCACUAGCCGUUCGAUUAAAUCCCUAGCAGGCACGAGAUGCUCACGUGCAGGAAGAUCAGCGCUCUCAAUCUACUACCCCUUUCUGCACCUUUUAGACGGUUGUACAUUUAGGACAUUUAAUUACCCAGGUUUCAAUUUUUCACGUGCUCUCAAUUGAAAGGUACAACCGAAACAAGCAGACGAAAUCACCGAUCCCUAAUUUGGUAAAUUUCUUCCAAUUCCAGAACCCGCAAAAUACAGUCAGGCCCCUGUUUUUUUAACCUAAUACAGUACGAAAUCCAUAACUAAAACCCCUUACAUUCCAACUACUUCCUUUUCAAAUUCGCGCACACAGAUAUACAUACACACACUGUGUGUGAAAUUCUGAUACCGACUGUUGGUAGAGAGAAGCACCUGGUGUUUUUCCUUUUUUUUUUUGGGGGAAAGGUAUUCCAUUUUAUUUGAUUUUGAUCGUUUUCUGUUUACCGCGGCUGGUGAUUUUAAUUUUGUGCUGGAAUUUUCUGCUUCUGUAGUUAGGGAAUUACUGUUUUUUAUUUUAUUUUAUGUGCGAAUUCCGAUAUGGUAUAGUUUGAGAACAAAUGAUGGGGAGAGGGAGGACGAGGAAAGUUGAGAAGGGGGUUUUAGGGGGGAAUUUAAAUGGAGGUUUGUCAGGUGGUUGUGGUGGUUCGUUGAGUGUGCCUUCGGGGCCGGUGUUUUAUCCGACCGAGGAGGAAUUCAAGGAUCCGUUGGAGUUUAUAUACAAGAUCAGACCAGAGGCUGAGCCCUAUGGGAUUUGUAGGAUUGUUCCACCGGCAAGUUGGAAACCCCCUUUUGUGUUGGACAUGGAUUCGUUCCGUUUCCCUACGAAAUCGCAGGCCAUUCACCAAUUGCAGGCGCGGUGUGCGCCUUGUGAUCCCAAGACUUUUAGGUUAGAGUACAACCUGUUCUUGGAGGAUCAUUGCGGUAAGAAGGCGAAGAAGAGGGUUGUGUUUGAAGGGGAGGAUUUGGACUUGUGUAAGUUGUUUAAUGCGGUGAAGAGAUUUGGAGGGUACGACAAUGUUGUUAAGGAGAAGAAAUGGGCGGAGGUUUUUAGGUUCGUACGGCCGGGAGGGAAGAUAUCCGAGUGCUCAAAACACGUGUUGUCUCAGCUGUAUAGGGAGCAUUUGUUUGACUACGAAGAGUAUUAUUGUCGAUUGAAUAAAGUAAAGAAAAAGAGCUGCAAGCGCAGUGUGACUAGUUCGAAGAAAUGUGAGCCAGAGGUUGAGGUUUCGAGUGGUAAGAGAAGACGGAAAAACAAAGAGGGUGAGAGGAUUGAAGUACUUAAAGUAGAGAAACAAGAGCUUGAUCAGAUAUGUGAACAGUGUAGUAGUGGGUUGCAUGGGGAAGUUAUGUUGUUGUGUGAUAGGUGUAAUAAGGGAUGGCAUAUAUAUUGUCUGUCUCCACCAUUGAAGAGGAUUCCUCCAGGAAACUGGUAUUGCUUAGAGUGCUUGAAUUCAGAGAAGGAUAGUUUCGGUUUUGUGCCAGGCAAGCAGUUUACGCUUGAAGCUUUCAGGCGUGUGGCUGACCGGGUCAAGAAGAAGUGGUUUGGAUCAGCACCUACUUCAUGGGUUCAACUCGAAAAGAAAUUCUGGGAAAUUGUGGAAGGUUCAGCUGGAGAGGUGGAGGUAAUGUACGGCAGCGAUUUAGAUACGUCUGUUUAUGGGAGUGGAUUUCCUCGUCAAAUUGAUCAAAGGUCAGAAUCAAUUGAACCUGAUGUUUGGAAUGAGUAUUGUGCUAGCCCAUGGAACCUCAAUAACUUGCCUAGAUUACAAGGAUCAAUGCUUCGGACCGUGCAUCAGAACAUUGCAGGAGUUAUGGUACCGUGGCUCUAUGUUGGGAUGCCAUUCUCGUCAUUUUGCUGGCAUUUUGAAGACCAUUGCUUUUACUCAAUGAAUUAUCACCAUUGGGGAGAACCAAAGUGCUGGUACAGUGUCCCUGGUAAUGAAGCUGAUGCUUUUGAAAAGGUAAUGCGAAAUAGUCUGCCUGAUUUGUUCGAGACACAACCAGACCUAUUGUUUCAACUCGUUACCAUGCUGAAUCCCAAGGUGUUGCAAGAAAAAGGAGUCCCAGUUUACAGCAUUAUUCAGGAGCCUGGAAACUUUGUCAUCACUUUUCCCAGGUCUUAUCAUGGAGGAUUCAACCUUGGCUUGAAUUGUGCCGAGGCUGUCAAUUUUGCCCCUGCUGAUUGGCUACCUCAUGGCGGUUUCGGAGCUGAGCUAUACCGUAAUUAUCAUAAAGUGCCUGUUCUGUCUCAUGAGGAGCUCCUAUGCGUGGUGGCUAAGAGUGAAUUAGAUAGCAGAACAUCAACUUAUUUAAACAAAGAGUUGCUUAGGAUAUACAGCAAUGAAAAAACUUGGCGGGAGCGGCUGUGGAAAAAUGGCAUCAUUAGAUCUUCUCCCAUGACACCUCGAGUUAAGCCUGAUUAUGUUGGUACUGAAGAGGAUCCAACGUGCGUCAUAUGCCAACAAUUAUUAUACCUUUCUGCUGUUUCUUGCAAUUGCCGACCAUCCACUUAUGUGUGCCUAGAGCACUGGGAGAACCUUUGUGAAUGCAAGCGAAACAAACUUCGUCUUCUGUACCGUCACUCUCUGGCAGAAUUGAGUGGCUUGCUGGUUAGUGUACAUAAAUAUAAUGCAGUGGAAGCAGCUGGUGAAUCACGAAAAGAUAUGUGCUCAGAGAAAGUGGUAGCAUUAGCGAAAAAGGUUAAGGGUCAUCAUGUCACACAUUUGCAACUUGCUGAAGAGUGGAUUUUGAAGUCAUGUAAGAUUCUUGAGCUUCCAUACUCUAAGCAUGCUUAUGCCAGUGCAAUAGAAGAAGCAGAGCAAUUUCUUUGGGCUGGUUCUGAGAUGGAUCUUGUCCGAGAAAUUGAAAACAACUUGAUUCAAGCAAAAAAUUGGGCAAAAGCUGUGAAAGAUUGUUUUUCUAAGGUGAAAUCAUGGUCCAACAGUCGUAAUUGUAAGACCGAGCGAGUGCAGAUGGAUCGUAUUAAUGAGUUGCUCAAUUUAAAAACUGCUCCAUGCAACGAACCCAGCCACCUUCAGUUAAAGGAAUACCAAGAAGACGCUAAUAUAUUGAUUCAAGAAAUCAAUACUUCUCUCAGUUCUUCAGAAUAUUCCGUAUCUGAUUUGGAGAUUUUAUAUUCGAAAGUUGUUGACUUACCUAUCUACAUAAAGGAAAGUGAGAAACUAAAGCUCAAGCUGUCGGCAGUGAAGGUUUGGGUGGACGAUGUGAGAAAUUGCAUCUCUCUGAAAGCUCCUUCAUUGGUUGAGGAGGAUAUGUUAUACAAGCUGGAGUUGGAGAUGUUGGACCUACAUAUCCAGCUUCCUGAAGUUGAUCUGCUCGCCAAUUUAAUAAGGCAAGUCAAAUCUUGUCGGUCUCGGUGCAAUGAGAUUUUGAAAGAUCCUAUUUGCCUAAAGGAAGUCAAACUAUUGCUCAAUGAAUGGGAGGCUUUUACUGUUAAUAUUCCAGAGCUAAAACUUCUUAAAAAAUAUUAUGGUGAUACCAUAUCAUGGAUAUCACGUGUCGAUCUUAUCCUUAUGAAUGUUCACGAACGAGAGGAUCAAGAAAAUGUAGUUGAUGAGUUAACCUCCAUCAAGAGCGACGGGUUAUUGCUUCAAAUUCAAGUCGACGAGUUACCCCGUGUUGAGCUUGAGCUUGACAAGGCACAGUGCCGUGUUAAAGCAUACACGGUACUUCGUUCUCAAAUGUCCAUGGACUUUGUUCAGCAACUGAUUUUAGAAGCAGCCAAAUUACAGAUUGAGAAAGAGAAGGUUUUUGCUGAUAUCUCCCAAAGACAUGUAGCUGCAGUGGACUGGGAAGACAAAGCAAAACAAGUUCUUGCUACUAGUGCUUGUUUGUCCUCCUUUGAGGACAUUUUGAGGGCUUCUGAGCACAUUGGCAUUAUUCCACCUUCUCUUCUGGAUGUCAAGCUUGCAGUAUCAACAGCUAAGGAUUGGUUAAUAAAGGCUGAACCAUUCCUAUUUCAGGAUUCAGCCAUCAUGUCAACUUCAAAUUCUUGUCUUCAAGUUGAUGUUUUGAAGGAGUUGGUGUUGGAGUCAAAGGACCUGAAGGUACAUUUGGAAGAAUGUUCCUUGCUUGAAAACAUCUUGAAGAAGGGUAUGGAAUGGGAGCAGGAUGCUAGCUGUUUACUACAGAAUGCGGAGCAGUUACGGAAUAUUAACAUUAUUGGUGAGGGCAGUACUAGUUGUCUUGUACCCAACCUGGAACGCCAAGUUCUUUUAAUCGAGGCUGCCAUGGAAGCCGGUAUUUCUCUUGGGCUCGAGUUCAACAUGACUCUAAAGCUUCAAGAUGCUUGUUCUAUGCUCAAGUGGUGCAUUAAAGCACUCUCCUUUUCUACUAGUAUUCCUAGUCACGAGGAAGUUGAGAUGAUGUUAGACGCGUCUUCCAACCUUCCCGUAGUAUUUAUAUCUUGUGCUUUGAGCACUGCAUUGACCGAUGGCUUAAGCUGGCUUAAGAAAUCCUUUGAAGUUCUUGAUCCCAAUAGUCGUCGUCAAUUUGAAAUCAGCAACGUUGAGGAACUCCUUGCUCUAUCUAAGAGAUUGUGCAUCUCAUUUCCAACAUUUAUUGGUCGUCUUCAGAAUGCAAUUGAGAAUCACAAUUUGUGGAUAGAUCAAGUUCAUCUGUUUUAUGGACUCAGCUGUGAAGAUCGAUCAUGGAAUAUGUUGCUACAGCUGAAGGAAGAUGGAAUUUCUAACGCAUUCAGUUGUGGAGAACUAGAGAAGGUUCUUUAUGAAGCUGAAAAGGUUGAAAAGUGGAAUCAGCGCUGUGCAGACAUAAUUAAGCCUCUACCUGCUGAAGAAAAUCCGCUGCUUAGAGCUCUCAUAGAUUUAAAAAACUCCAUUGAAAGAUCCUUUGAGGUGUACAGUAAUUCUAAGCUUGGGGAAUCAACGAAUUUAUGUAUGUGCUGCUUCAGUUCGAUUGACGAUUGUGCCCGUUUGACUUGUUCUAUUUGCAAGGAUAGUUUUCACUUGCAGUGUGCAGAAAGAUCUUUGGAAGAUACAGUUUUGUCCUUUUGCCGAUAUUGCAACUUUAUAAACAGUUCAAAACUCCCUCGUAGUGGAAGCGGUUUUCUGAGAACUGGACGGAAGCAUCUUACAUUAGAUAAGCUUACCUUUCUUCUCUCCGAGUCCAGUGAUCUGUUUCUGUGGACUGACGAACGGAGGAUAUUAAGCCAAAUUGUUGAGAAAGCACUUGCAUGCAAUGCUAGCUUGACAAAACUAGUGAAUUUUUCAUUAGCUUAUGUUAGCCAAGAUCUCAAUGUCGUCUCCCAGAAAAUGUGCAUUGCUCUGAAGGCCAUGGAUGUUGGACGCAUUGGUGAUGAUGAGGGAAAUCGCUUAUUUGAGCUUGCACUAGGUAGACAUUCAUGGAAAAUCAAAGCUAAGAAAUUAUUGGGAAGCGGGGAAAAGCCCACGCUUCAACAGAUUCAGCAUCAUCUGAAAGAAGGACUGGCUAUGAAUACUCCUCCAGAAGAUUACUUCGCUCAGAAACUGACGGUAUUAAGGAAUACGGGCUUGCAAUGGGCUGAUACAGCCAAGAAGGUUUCAGGGGAUGGUGGAGUGCUUGGAUUGGAUCGAGUUUUCGAACUUAUUUCCGAGGGGGAAAGUUUACCCGUGUCUUGUGCAAAGGAAAUAAAGUUACUGAGGGAUCGAAGCAUGCUUUAUUGCAUUUGUCGAAGACCCUAUGACCAGAAAGCUAUGAUUGCUUGCGAUAAAUGCGACGAAUGGUAUCACUUUGAUUGCAUUAAAAUCUCUUCGGCGCCAAAGGUUUACAUAUGUCCUGCAUGCAAUCCCGGUUUCGAGGAAAAUACAAGUGCCCCGGCACGAGCCACACAUGAGAGAUUUAGUGGUAAUAAAUUGGAAGAGCCUCAAACACCUUUGAGGCGAUCUGAACUGAGAAGGAACUCACAGAAACCAAAGUCGUCGAUACUUGCAGGAGUGAACGACAUGAAUGAUUGCCUGAGAAAUAUUAGCAGCACCGGGAGCUUAUUGUGGAGAAAUAAAAAGCCGUUUAGAAGGGCGGCUCGUAAACGUUCACAACUUGACUGUCUAUCUCCAUUCUAUUAUGUACGUGACAAGUCGUAAAAUGUAGACUAUAAAUUAUAUAGAUUAUAUUAAUCGAUUUAUUCCAUUGAUUUCCAUUCAUCUCUCUCUCUCUCUCUCUCUCUCUCUAACUUAUUUAGGAUGUAUAUGAUCUGGCUGCAGGGAGUUAGUUUUGAUAAUGUAUUUUUUGAUUAAUAAUUUCUGCUUAUUAUUAUUG